AUGAAGUUCUUCGCCCUCCCUAACAUCGCUACGAUUCUCGCCGUAAGCGCCUCACUUGUCGUGGCUUUACCUCUCGAAGCCGAAGCAAACACAAUCAACACAACUCGGAGUACUACAAGCAACGACUGCUCUAUGGACAAGAUAAGAGAAUGUGUUGCCGAUACAGGGCUCGAGAGCACGAUAUGUUUCAAGCAAGUUUGCGCUGGCGUACAAGGAACGCCGAGGAAAACCAAACGCCAAGAGGACCAAUGCACCGAAGAAAACCUCCUCCAAUGCGCAGUGAUGGAAUGGCGGGAGGCCGAAGUGUGCUUCCAAGAAUUCUGUCUGUAA